GAGUUACAAACUUGUACUACCUUGAAUCCUGCUUCACUGUUGCCUAUUCCCCACGAACUAGUUCAACAUGAUUGCCUACAAGUACUUGAUGAAGUCUAUACUAGUAGACCCGGAUUGAAAGAUACCCCAUUACCGGAUGCUGAUUUAACUCUGUAUACAGAUGGGAGCAGUUUUGUUAUAGAUGGCACCCGAAAGGCAGGAUAUGCGGUAGUUACAGAAGAAGGAAAAGUUUUAGAGGAAGGAGCCUUGGGACCAAAUGUGUCAGCACAAAAGGCUGAGCUGAUAGCUCUGAAUAGAGCCCUCCAACUGUCACAAGGAAGAAAAGUUAACAUAUAUACUGAUUCGAAAUAUGCCUUCCUCACAUUACAUGCCCAUGCGAUUUUGUAUAAAGAAAGAGGACUUCUUAGUGCUUCAGGAAAAACUCUUAAACAUAUAGAGGAAAUUAAAGCAUUGCUGGAAAAUGUGUGGUUACCUGAAAAAGUAGCUGUGAUACAUUGUAAGGGUCACCAAGCAGGAGAAGAUAAUGUAGCAAAAGGAAAUAGGCUAGCAGACAUGAAGGCUAAAAUAGCGGCUGAAUUACCGAUAGAGAAGGAAAUGGCCCUGCAGGUAGAACAAUACCUACCACAACAAAUAAUAUAUACAAAAGAUGAGGAGGACUGGGUUGCCAGGGAAGGAGGAGUUAAAAGAAAAGGAUUAUGGAUACUCCCAAAUAAUAAAAUUUACUUGCCAGAAAAGACAGCAUGGCACUUAGUUAAAGAACUACACCAUCAAUUUCAUUUAGGAAGCACAAAUGCCCAGCUAUUGUUAGAAAGGCAAGUGUACUUUCAAGGAUUGACAGCUAUCAUUAAAAAGGUGUCCCAAAGAUGUGAGAUUUGUGCUCGGGUUAACCCUAGGGUGGGGACCUUGAAUCCUCCAGGUGUACAGAGGACAGGAUCCUCCCCCUGGGAGCAUGUGGUCAUUGAUUUCACUGAAAUGCCCAAAGUAGGAAAAUACAGAUAUCUAUUAGUAAUAGUGUGUACGUUUUCUGGAUGGAUAGAUGUUUUCCCCACAACCAAUGAGAAAGCUGAGCAGGUUGUGAAAGCCUUGCUUAGGGAAAUCAUACCUAGGUCAGGUUUCCCUUUGUUUAUUGGAAGUGAUAAUGGCCCUUCCUUUGUACAUCAAGUAGUUCAAAGGUUAUGUAAAAGUUUGGGAAUAACCUGGAAACUGCAUUGUGCGUACCAUCCCCAAAGUUCGUCCAGGGUAGAACGUAUGAAUAGAACUUUAAAGGGAACAAUUUCAAAAAUGUGUUUAGAAACAGGACUCAAAUGGACAGAGGUGCUACCCAUGGCAGUAUUUAAAAUCAGAUGUACCCCUACUAGGUUCUUGGGUUUGUCUCCCUAUGAAAUUGUGUUUGGAAGACCCCCAUUGAAUUUACAGAGGUUGAAUGGGGACCUGGAGCAAUGGGGAAAGUUUCAGUUAAUGAAAGAGGUUCAGUUAAUUGGAAGAACUGUCAAUGAGUUACAAAAAUUUGUGCAAUGCGCCAGAUACCCUUUCCCUGUCACUCCUCUCCACCCUUUUUCGCCAGGAGAUGCGGUGUGGUUAAAAGACUGGAAAAGUAAUCCACUGGGACCAAGGUGGAAAGGACCAUAUGAUGUACUACUAACUACACCCACUGCUGUCAAGUUGAAAGGAGUUAAACCUUGGAUCCAUUACACCAGGGUCAAAAAGGACCACAGCCGACAGUGGGUUAGUGAGCCCAUAGAUCAACAACCCCUUAAACUUCGGAUCAAGCGGUCC